GCGGCGGCGGGGAGAGCCCCAGUGGCGGCCGUGGGGCUGCAGUGCUGCUGCAGCCCGAGGUGCUGGACCUAGAUGAGGACGAGGAUGACCUGGAGGUCUUCAGCAAGGAUGCCUCCCUGAUGGACAUGAACUCUUUCAGUCCUUUGAUGCCUACAUCCCCUUUAUCCAUGAUAAACCAGUACAAGUUUGAAGAUGAGCCAGACUCGAAGGACCUUUUCAUUACAGUUGAUAAUCCCGAAAGCCACAUUACUACAAUUGAAACUUUCAUCACCUACAGAGUUACAACUAAGACAUCUCGGGGUGAAUUUGAUUCUAGCGAAUUUGAAGUUCGAAGACGUUACCAAGAUUUCCUUUGGUUAAAGGGGAAACUUGAAGAAGCACAUCCCACCCUCAUUAUUCCUCCUUUGCCAGAAAAAUUCAUAAUGAAAGGCAUGGUGGAACGGUUUAAUGAUGACUUCAUUGAAACUCGAAGAAAGGCACUUCAUAAAUUCUUAAAUCGAAUUGCUGAUCACCCAACUUUAACUUUUAACGAAGACUUCAAAGUUUUUCUUACUGCACAAGCCUGGGAACUCUCUUCUCAUAAGAAACAAGGUCCUGGAUUGCUUAGCAGGAUGGGACAGACAGUCAGAGCUGUAGCAUCCUCAGUGAGAGGAGUUAAAAACCGCCCAGAGGAGUUCACCGAAAUGAAUGAUUAUGUGGGAACAUUUAGCCAGGAGAUAAACUUAAUAGACAAAAUAUCUCAUAGAAUUUACAAGGAAGAAAAGGAGUAUUUUGAGGAGAUGAAGGAAUAUGGACCAGUCUAUACCUGGUGGUCAGCAUCCGAAGAGGAUCUGGUCGAUUCCCUGAAAGGUGUAGCCAGCUGCAUUGACAAGUGUUGUAAGGCCACUGAAAGACGAAUAGUUGACCUUUCUGAGACACUGCUUCCAGUUGUACAUGAAUAUGUUCUAUAUAGUGAAAUAUUAAUGGGCGUUAUGAAAAGAAGAGACCAAAUUCAAGCAGAGCUGGAUUCCAGAGUUGAAGCUUUGACCUACAAAAAAGCCGAAAAGGAGGCACUUACAGAAGAGAUUGGAAAACUGGAAGAUAAGGUGGAAUGUGCUAAUAAUGCUCUGAAAGCUGACUGGGACAGAUGGAAACAAAACAUGCAAAAUGAUAUCAAGUUGGCAUUUGCAGAUAUGGCUGAGAAAAACAUCAGCUACUACGAACAGUGCCUUGCUACAUGGGAGUCCUUCCUUACAACUCAAACCGACCUUCGUCUGGAAGAAAUAUCUGAAGAUAAACCUUGAGCAUACCUAAGGACCUUUUGCCUAACCUUUGGUGAUAUAGUGCCUACCAACCAAAGACAUUCUUCAUGGGGUGGGCUGUGUUUAAUAUAACUGGGUCAAAAUGCAGUCACCAUUUCUGGAAAGCCAAUAAUUUGAAAACUCAGGUACUCCAAGGUUCUUACCUGCAUUUUGAUCAUGGUAUACGUAUAUAUAGUGCUUAGUUACAAUUCAUUUAUUCCAAAAUUUUUGUCUGUAAGUACUUGUGUAUGGUAAUUGUUUUCUCAAACAUUCUGCACUUGGGAUGUGACAUUUUAAAUAGGUUGUAAAGGCUCCAUUGAAUAAAAACAUUUAAUAAGAAAUGCCUGAAUUUCAUGAAUGGUUCCUAUCUGCACCUGACUGUGUUUCAGAUGAAAUAUAUUUUCACUAAAGAUGUUGUCUACAUGUGAUAUAGAACAGUUUGUGUGUGUGUGUGUGCAUUGUUUGAAGGACUGAAUAGUGUAACUAAAUGAACACAGGGCUUGGAGGGAAAUGAGACCUGUAUUUGCAUCUUAUUGUUAAUACAUAUUUACAUUGUGGCCACUGAAACUUCGAUGAGCCUCAGAUCACUCCUCUGUUAGAUAAGGGGGUUAUAUUAGAUGGCCUCUGAGGUCCCUUUAAGUGCUAUGUGAUACCAAGAUCUGCUGCAGGAAUUAAAGAUUAUAAUAACUAGCACCAACAUACUAGAAUUGUUGGGCAUAUCAAAUUUGAGAGUUAUUUAAAGUGCUAUCAGAAUGUCAGUAUUAUCGUCCAUCUUUUGGGUGAAUUCAGAGAUGGGAAAUAUUACCAAAAAGGAUAGCCUUAAUUUUCCUAGAAGGUUAUCUAAACUAUACAACUUUACUUUCAUCUUAAGACAACAUUUGCCUUGGUUUGGAAAAUAUGUGCUAACAGUGAAAUUCUGUUUUUCUUCUCUAGGGCCUUCUUACAUUGACAGAGGAAAUCAAUGUCAUUCCUUUCCCCAUUAUCCCAAUUAAAUAAAUAUGCCUUUCUCAGAAAGUCCUGAUGUUGACAUUA